UGCAGGUGACGUAAGAUUGCGGCCUGGUAUCAGCGGGCGUCAUGGCGUGGCGUCACGCCAUGAAAACAAAUUCUGAAAUCUUCCAAGUUUCCCAUUCAAUCAGUGGAGAUAUAGACUUGCAGCAAAGUGCCGUUCAACAGAGAGAUAACAAUGGAAAAUUCAAAAGAAGACAACUUUCUCAGACAGAAAAAGGUAUCAGAGAUACACAAUGAAUACAUGAAGCGUUUGCAUGAAUGGCAAAGGAUGAGUAAUUUCCAUUACUUCAUGUGUCUUAAUUAUCAAGGGAUGCAGAUGAUGCAUGCAAGAAAUCAUGCAACACCAAGUACGGCAACUGUAACCACAACUACAGCACCCCCAACCUCUAAUGUUCCCAGACCCACUAGACAACAACAACAACAUUCAGCACCUCGUCCAAGAUUUGAAUUCAGGGUCGCACCGAUCAUCUAUCGAGUUGGGGCUGAACUUAUAGACUUUACAAUAUUGAUGUUGUUGAAGAUGAUUUUUCUUUUGGGCAUUAUGAAAAUAACUGGAAAAAGCGUAGAAAAUGUGUCAUACCAAUUCAUCUUGGGAGACGAUUUGUCUAUAAUUGAUGACAUGACAAUUGAAGAUCUGCAACACAUGAUGUUGAUGGGAUUCAUUUACAGAAUUCUUGCUUGUUUUUAUGAGGCUGGGUUUAUUUCGAUUGUAGGGGCAACUCCAGGUAAAAUGGUGUUUGGAUUAGAAGUUGUUUUUUGUCAAGCUUGUGUAUCAGUGGAGAGAGGAAAUCGACGAUUUGUUUCAGUAUAUCCCGGUCAUACACCAAGCAUAGGAAGUUCUACAGUGCGCUCCGUCAUCAAGAAUUUUUCAAUCACUUUCCUCAUGCCUGCAUUUCUGACUGUGUUUUUCUAUCAGCACAACCGAACAUCAUAUGACCUUGUCGCAAGCACUCUCGUUGUACGAUCCAAUACAUAAAAUUAUUUAAUUUCCUAAUAUUAGAUUGUUGCAUUAAAAUUUAUACAUUUUUGUUAUUCUUGAUAAUACUCUUUCAUCAUAAUUAUUUAAAGAGGUGUAAUUGCCCAUUAAUGGAUUGAGCAUUGCGGAGUACCAUACCUUUUUUACUCGCUACUGCAGUUUGAUUUUCAAAUUAAUGCGUCUCAAUCAUGAAUAUGGAGUGCCAUGAUAUUUUUGGUCUUUUGCCUAAUUCGUUAUUUUACUAUCUAACCUUAUUACAUGACCGUCCUCAUGGGAGAAGGUUAGGUAACAAAUUUGGUGACAUCUGUUCAAUGUUGAGUCAAAUUAUUGUCCUAUAUGGAAGGUCAUAUAUUACUAUUGUAUGAUGUUGCCUCAUUCUUCAUUAUAUUACUAUUGUAUGAUGUUGCCUCAUUCUUCUUGUGCAUUUUAUACCUUUCAUGUCAUGUGAAGCAGAAUAAAAGCAGAAUUGUUGUA